AUGCGCCUCAACGAGGAGACGGUCCUUGUAGGUUCUUCGGUCGUGCUGGUGCCUUACAGGAAGGAGCAUGUUCCCCAGUACCACGAAUGGAUGCAAUCCCCCAUCCUACAGGAGCAGACGGCCUCUGAGCCCCUCACGCUAGAACAAGAGUACGAGAUGCAGGCCAAGUGGCACCUGGAUGAGGACAAAUUGACUUUCAUUGUGCUCCAUAAGGAGGACGCGGAGAGCGCGGAGAGCGUGGAGAGGCUGCUGGCCCGCUGUAGGAUGGCGGGAGAUGUUAACGUCUUCCUCUCGGAGGAUGCGGAGGAGGAGGAAGAAGAUGAGGGAGCAAGGACACAGAAGCAGCUACGGGGCGAAAUGGAGGUCAUGAUCGCCGAACCCUCUCUGCGCCGCCACGGUCUGGCUUCACAGGCCCUCCAACUUCUGAUGCACUACGUCACGCAAGAGCAGCCAACCUCGAAGCGCCCGCUCCUCUCCCCUUUCAACCUCUUUGUCAAGGUCGGCCUCUCCAACAGCCCCUCGCGAGCGCUCUUUGCCCGCUUGGGCUUCGAGGAGGUGAAGGUCAGCGAGGUAUGGCAGGAGGUAGAGAUGCGCUACACAAGGGGCGAGGGAAGCGCGGGCAUGCCGCCGCAGCGCGUGCUACGGUGGGCUCGAGACUAA